AUGGCUUCUGAAUUCUCCUACACGUACGUUGUCGUUGGAGGCGGUAUAGCCGGCGUAACAUGUGCCGAAACGUUGGCGCUUCUGCGUGUUGAUCCAGCUGACAAUAUUUUGCUCUUAACGGAAUCCACCCUUGUGAAAGCGGUCACCAAUGUGGUUCCGCUGGGAAAAAUUCUAAACCGCUUCGACGUGGAAGAGAAAAGCACCGCGGAACUUUCAUCGAAAGGCAACGUCGACGUGUUACAGGACCAUCUCGAUUCGAUUGCCAGCCAUCGCCACUCGAUACGAACAGCCGCGGGAAGAUGCAUCACGUAUCGGUAUCUUUGCCUUUGCACUGGUGCAAGGCCAAACAUUAUCGAUAAAGCCAAGGGCAGUGCUAACGUAAUUGGCAUUCGUGAUACGGAGUCGGUGGAAGAAUUUCGUAAGCGUAUCCACACCGCAACCCGCCUGGUGGUCGUCGGUAACGGUGGCAUAGCAUCGGAAUUGGUGUACGAAGUGGGAGGAAUGGAACAGAUUCAUUGGGUAAUAAAAGAUGCGUACAUUAGUUCCACAUUCGUCGAUUCUGGAGCGGCCACGUUUUUCCGCGAGCGAUUGUCUAAAAAGGACCAGGCGGGCGGUGAACAAACGGUCUACAAAAGGAUGCGCUACACCGAGCAAGACGAUGGUGGCGAGAGCUCUGCUAUUGGUGCUGGCAAAGGGGGAGCCGCGUUGGGACCAGAUUGGCACCGUGCCUUCGAUAUACGGAAGCAUGGAGAGAAAGCUGAAAGCGACGGUAAAGUAAUCAUUCACCAAUCCGUAGAAGUAACGGCCAUAGAAGAGAAGACUGACGAACUGCAGGUACACCUGUCCGAUGGCACCAUGAUUGAGUGUGAUUUCGUUGUGUCCGCCACGGGUGUCGUUCCCUCCAUCAGCUGGACCGGCGGAUGUGAUCAACCGUUCAAGCUUGGCCCAGACGGUGGCAUCUUCGUUGGCUGGUCGAUGGAGACAUCCGUAGACGAUAUCUAUGCAGCUGGGGAUGUCUGUUACGCCGGAUGGGAUCACGCACCGCAGUGGUUCCAGAUGCGCCUGUGGACACAGGCCCGCCAGAUGGGCGCAAUGGCUGCUCGCAGUAUGGCAGCAAAGCGAGCGGGCGAAGAGAUCUAUCAGGAUUUUUGCUUCGAGCUGUUCAACCACGUGACGACCCUCUUCGGUUAUCAGGUGGUCCUGCUGGGGCGUUAUAAUGGGCAGGGUUUGAACGAUAAGUACGAGGUGUUGCUUCGCAUGACUCCCGGGCUAGAGUACAUCAAGUUCGUGCUGGUCGACGGACGGUUGCAGGGAGCGCUGCUGGUGGGCGAAACGGGGCUGGAGGAAACGUGCGAAAAUUUGAUACUGAAUCAGCUGGACUUGUCCCCCUAUGGGGAGGAGCUCCUAGAUCCUGAUAUCGAUAUCGAAGAUUACUUCGAUUGAGGCGCGCUGCGGUUGAUAUGAGAUGAUAUCGCGUACUUCCCUCAUGCGUAUCGGAUUGUAGCACGAAGGCAUCGUUAGACGUUGGUACACCCAGCAUACUUGCUGGAAUUGCUGCAAGCUUAACACAAGAUGGAAUUUAGAAAGGUAUGGUAAGGAAUGAAAUUUCCAACGC